AUGACUGAGCGUCGAGAGAACGCAGCGCAGGACGCGGUGAUCAAGGUGUUGGUGCUAGGCGAUGCAGCUACGGGGAAAACGAGUGUUAUCAAGCGAUAUGUGCACGACGUUUUUACCGAGCACCACCGCACGACGAUUGGCGUCGACUUUGCGCUGAAGGCAGUGACAGUGUCUGGAACGACUGUGCGACUGCAGCUGUGGGACAUUGCUGGCCAGGAGCACUUUCGUGCGCUGAAUCGCGUCUACUAUAAGGACGCGCUGGGAGCGCUGCUCGUGUACGACAUGUCGCGCCCGGAAACGUUUGACAGCAUUUUAAAGUGGAAGAAAGAGAUUGAUUCGAAGGUGGAGUUGCCUAAUGGCAAACCGCUGCCGGUUAUUCUAUGCGGCAACAAGUGCGACUUAAAAGAAGAUGUGGACCGAGAAUUUCUGGACGAGUUUUGUGCGACGAACAAUUUCGCGGGAUGGUUUGACACGUCAGCCAAGGAGAACAUCCACAUUGAUGAAGCUGCCAAGGCGCUGGUUGUGGGUGUAUUGAAGCACCCAGACAUUUUCGAGCGGAAAUCGGAGGCGAAGAAGCGUCACGAUACGUUCCGCCCUACGAGCACUGCUAAUGGAGGCAACAGCGACCAAUCCGGUUGGUGCUGCAGCAGCUUUUGA